AUGCCCUCACUCAAGUUCAUGAACGCAGGCUACAACUUCCUCACCAAUGUAGCAGUUCCCACACCAGCCUGCCCCACGUAUCAGAUUUUUCUGCAUUUCAACUGCUUUCCCACAAACCUGACCAUUUGCACGUACCAGCAGUACCAGAAGAAUGCCACCUGGUGCACGUCGUUCUGUGGGAACGGACCCUCCAGUCCGCCCUGCAGUGGCCAUGGAGUGUGUUCCUACUUGCCUCCAAGCACAGACGCCACGUGCGCUUGUGACUAUGGCUAUACAGAUGGAACCGCCAAUGCCACAUGUGUCCCGCAACAAGGGACGUACCUUCCUCCAUACCUCUCCUCCUACUCACAACCGAUAAAUCUGUCGCAGACCGCCUCCGCUGCCCCCAAUGGCUCCAUCUUCCUCUCUUCUCCAUCCUCCAAUACGUCAUGGGGAGCGGCCUUCAUACAGAGGCCCAUCACCCUAUUCUUCUCUACCAACAAAAAUACCCCCUGCGACCCACCCAUAGCCUUUUCGGUUUUGUUUGCAUUCCGAAUGGCCCCUACUUCUCCUGGUGGCUCAUCCACAGCAGGCGAGGGUCUGGCGUUUGUGGUGACGUCUGCUGCACCGCAUGGGGCUGUCACAGCGGGGGUGGGGCUGGGAGGGGUGGGGAAGUGGAGUGUGGCGGUGGAGUUUGACUCGGUGCUGAGUGUGAAGCACAGCGACCCCAACGACAACCACGUGGGCGUUAAUGUGGGCGGCUCACUUGUGUCCCUCGCCUCUGCCACGGCCCCUCUCAUCCUCAACGACGGCCAUACCAAGCACGCCUGGAUCCGCUACGACCUCACCAGCGGCGGCACCCUCCGAGUCUUCCUCUCGGCCUCCAGGCAGCAGCCGUCCAAGGCUGUGGUGACGGCGAGAGUGUCUCUGUGCAGCGCGCUCAAGCCCACCAUUGGCAAUGCCUCCUUCCUCUUUGGCUUUGUGGCUGGCUCUGCAAACAGCACUCAGAGGCAUGACAUUCUGUGGUGGAACAUUGCCACAGGUGAGAUGAAUGAUGUUUUUGCUUAUAGCGCAUCAUAUUCUGUCCGCAGGAGCUGUUAA